AAUUUGGGGACUAAAAGUAAGUAGUCACAGUGCUCUCCUCUCACACCAAAACAUGAUCAAGAGGUAUCUCAUCCGAAUAUGCCACGUGUCAAGCAAGCGGUGGCUACGAUUGAUUACACAGUCCACAAGGAGAAAUUGAGAGAUAGAGCAAUGGAAGCUCUGAAAACCGCAACCUUUAGCCCUAUGUCGGUGUUAUCCGAGAAAAGAUCAGAACCACGAAAGCCUUUCUCGCUCCCUAACCUCUUUCCACCAAAAUCACCGAGACCAAUCUCCCAAGAAAGCUUCUUGAAGAGAUUCAAUGGUGGAUUGGCUCUUCUAACCUCUGUUCUAAGCAGUGCAACAGCUCCUGCUAAAUCUCUGACGUACGAGGAAGCUUUGCAACAAUCUAUGACCACUUCUUCAUCUUUUGAUUCGGAUGGUCUGAUUGAAGGGGUAUCCAAUUUUGUCACGGACAAUCCUUUGGUUAUUGCUGGUGGAGUUGCUGCAUUGGCUGUUCCAUUUGUUCUGUCUCAGGUUCUGAACAAAAAGCCCAAAUCUUGGGGAGUAGAAUCUGCUAAGAAUGCUUAUACCAAGUUGGGUACUGAUGAUAAUGCUCAGUUACUUGACAUAAGAGCCACCGCUGAUUUCAGACAAGUGGGCAGUCCUAAUAUUAAGGGUUUGGGUAAAAAAGCUGUUUCUACUGUUUAUAACGGUGAAGACAAGCCUGGUUUCCUGAAGAAGCUUUCCUUGAAGUUUAAAGAUCCUGAAAACACCACAUUGUUCAUUCUGGACAAGUUUGAUGGAAACUCCGAGCUUGUUGCUGAAUUGGUGGCUCUUAAUGGAUUCAAAUCUGCUUACGCGAUUAAAGAUGGUGCAGAGGGACCUAGAGGCUGGUUGAAUAGCGGCUUGCCUUGGGUAGAGCCAAAGAAGACUCUCAGUCUUGAUUUGAGCAGUUUGACGGAUAGCAUCAGCGGUGUAUUUGGUGAGAGUUCUGAUGGUGUGUCUGUCGCUCUUGGAGUAGCCGCUGCUGCUGGAUUAAGUGUUUUUGCAUUUACAGAGGUUGAAACCAUACUCCAACUACUAGGUUCAGCUGCACUUGUUCAGCUUGCAGGCAAGAAACUUCUAUUUGCUGAGGACCGAAAGCAAACUCUAAAACAGGUGGAUGAGUUCUUGAACACAAAGGUUGCUCCUAAAGAACUUGUUGACGAGUUAAAGGAAAUAGGAAAGGCUCUUCUUCCUCAGUCAACAAGCAACAAAGCUCUUCCUGCACCAGCAACAGUAGCAGCAGAAGCAGAAGCAGCUACAGCUACAACCACCACUGUCGAGAAACCAGUACCUGAGCCAGAAGCAGGAGCAGCUACAACCACCACCGUAGAUAAACCAGUACCAGAGCCUGAGCCAGAGCCAGUGGUCGAAGCUGCUGCUGCCGUUGCACAAGUAAUCACAGAACCAACCGAAACAGAAGCCAAACCAAAACCUUACUCAAGACCUCUCUCUCCAUAUGCAUCGUACCCUGACUUGAAGCCUCCAUCUUCUCCGAUGCCAUCGCAGCCCUGAAAACAGCUAAGAAGCAGUCUCUCUCUUUACUUAUUCUGGUUUGUCCUGCUGCAAACAGAAGAACAAAAUUGGUCGAAUCUU